AUGAACCUUCUGCUGAAAAUCUGCUUGCGGCCCAACCCACCGCACAACGUGUUUUACGCGCUUGUGGAAGCCUGCCAGGACGCAUGGGCUGAGCAGAGCGAGUCUGGCACAGCAAGCUGGGCUUUCAACGGUGUCGUGUACAGCGACUUGCUCCGGGCUGCUGUGCAGCUUGGGGAAUUCGACUUUUUCGAGGAAGUUGCCAAAAAUAGGGAUAUGAGGGACAAUGUACCGCUGGAAUUUUUCACCUGGGUGCGGGAAUGGGUGGGUUAUGAUCGCAAAGAGGCUGCAUCGCGAUUUGAGCAGAUCCACGCAGGAUUGCCAUAUUGUCUUCCUUCAAAUUUUGAUGAUCUUUUCGCGACAAUCGAGGCGUUUGCACCUCUGGAUAAAAGGAGCCACAACUGUCUUGUUGCCGCUCGAUUCACUUACGAGGUACUCUGGCAUCGUGCCCAAGAGCCUGAUCCCAGCCAUCUGAGCAAGUCAGAUGGUAGGGCGAUGGUGAAAUGUGCGAGAUACCUUGCGGCCAGAUCUUUCCUCUCAGAGGUUGCUGUCCAAAAGUUGUCCCAGUGCUACGAUGAUCCGGAGAUCAUUUUUGGGUUCUUGUCUCAGAUUAAAGAAGACAUGAUCGAAGGCAUUCGUCAGCCAACUAUUGUCAUAGCGGCCCAUACCGUGGCGGCUGAUUUACUCAUCAAUGCAAAUCCAGGAGAAUGGCAAAGCAGCCCGGUUAUUGAGUCCUUGUUUGGAAAGGGAUCCGUCGAGGAACGAAGCGCAGUUAAGAGUGAGGACAUCGCUGAGUUCCUGUCCAUUUUCCUCGAGCACAAUCCGGAAGAGUAUGGAUUGGUCUUGAAUUUUAUGGAAAAUCUCAUUGAAGCACUUCCUGACCUCCAGAUGCGGUCGCUCACCAGCCUAUGGAUACCGUUUCUUUCAGCUCUCACCCGUAUCCUUACAUCUAACAACAUCCCAUUCACUGACCCAGUUUGCCAAACCCUCUAUUUGACUUUUAUAUCCAAACUCGUCAACGAUUUUGUGGGCCAUGAGCCACCCGAGCUUAGCGACAGUUUGAGAGGUACGAAACCUUUUAGCGUAAACACCAAGGUCCGGAAACUGUGGCAUAAAAGAAGAGUUGAGGCGGUAGCAUUGUUGAAAUCUUUCGACCAGAGCCACCUCAAGUCGCUCCUUGAAUCAAAGUAUGACAUACUCUUUAGGAUGCAACAUUUGAUAGUGGCCAAGCCUCCGCCUCUUCAAAAGCAGCUUAAAAAAUUGCCAGGUGCCGCCAAUCCAUCAUCUACAAGCCCGAGAAGGGGUGCAAAGCGCAAGGCAAAGAAAAUGAACUGA